CCCCACCCCUACCGACUUCCCCCCAAACCUAACUCUAACCCUCACCCCUCCACCACCCCCAUCAACACCACCACCCACCUCAGCCACCACACCACCAUCAAGACCACCAACAAACAUCCUCCUCCUCCUCCACGGCCUAGGCGACACCCUCCCGCCCCUAACCUCCCUCGCGCAAGCCCUCCACCUCCCCGAAACAACAAUCCUCACCCUCCAAGCCCCCACACACCUCCCCCUCGACCUCCCCGGCUACCACUGGGGCGACGACAUCUCAUUCGACUCGUCGACCGGCGCGCUGGACAUGGAUGCAGGGUUUGAGCGCAGUAAGCGGCUUAUCAACGAUACCAUCAUCCGCGAUACUCUCGUUGGAAAAUGUGGGUAUGCGCUGCGCGAGAUAUCGCUCUUUGGGUUGGGUCAGGGCGGGAUGUUGGCUUUGUUAGCUGCUAGGGAGUUAGACUUACCCUCCGCCUCCGCCGGGGGUAGUUCUGGUGGCGGUGGUCGUAGUGGAAAUAGCACUCUAGGCGGGAUAAUCUCCAUCGGCGCGCCCUUCCCGCUCUCAAGCGCGGGGAAUUCAAAGCAAGGCAGCAAGAACCGCACGCCGGUAUUACUCGUCGCGGGGCGGGAUUCGCCGGCUGUGAGCGAUGGGGCAGUGAGGAGGACGCAGGCGGAGUUUGAGUUUGUGGAGGUGCAUCGGUAUGCGAGGAGGGGGGAUGGGAUGCCGAGGAGUAGGGAGGAGAUGGGUCCCGUGAUGGGGUUUUUGGCGAGGAUAUUGAGGAGUUGGGCGGGGGUUCCGGCGGGGAGUGUUGAGGUUUCUUGAUCUAUACUCGUGUGGAUGUGUAUGUAGAUAUGUAUGUAUAUAGGUGCCUGGUUACGCUGUACUAUACGCUUACUGUGAGGAUAGAUAGGAGGAAUAAUGAAUGAUGAGAUCAGGUAAG